AUACCCAAAACAAUGGUAGCUUGGCCUAGGUUUGUGUAACUCUUGCUGUUUUUGAAGGUUUCGUUGAAGACUAUUAUGCAGAUCAACAUGUGAAAUAGCAAGAAUACAAACGAACCUGACUGUCUUCGUUUCGCCAUAUCACAUAGGACGCGGAAUGGAAUGGUGGCAUGCUUUCUGACCAGCCGUCUCGGAUGUCGUCUGACGUGUAUUCUAGGGGGGAUCAUCGCAGCUGGCGGGUACUUCGUCAGCUUGACCUCGUCCAAUGUGUAUGUCCUGUAUGUUAACCUUGGAGUUCUACCAGGAAUAGGACUGUCCUUGCCAAUGUUCGUCUCCAUCGUCUGCCUAAAUCAAUACUUCGUGAAACUGCGCCCUCUGGUGGUGGCGAUAGCGCUUUCCGGUUUAGGCGCUGGGGUGUUUGUGUUUCCCGUAAUGACCGCUUAUUUCCUCGAUACCUACGGAAUCAAAGGAACCUGUUUGUUGCUUGGCGGACUCGCUCUCAACAUUGUUUGGUGUGGUCUUAUUUUUAGACCAGUGACUACUACCCUUGGUGAAUUUCCAGUCCUGGAGGACAAAUCUGAGAAUGAAAAAAGUAUAUCCUGCAACAGACGAGAAGAAAAUGACACAAACACUUUCAGCAUGGUGAAAACGAUCGUUUAUCUUUUUACAGUUUUCGUUCAGUCUGUAUCCUUUAACAUUUACCAGAUGUUUAUCGUGCAGUUUGUGGCUCAGGCGAUUCCAGGCUUGACACCCGAGCAGCCAGCUUUCGUCUUAUCCGGAAGUGGAAUUACCAGCAUAGUAGGACGCUUGGUGAUUGGAGGGUUGUGUACACUAAGACCGGAAAUGACGAUACCGGUGAAGGCGUUUGCGCUCUGCUUGUGCGGCAUCCUGAGUUUUGCGGUUACCAUCUGUAAAACCUACUUGACCAUGUUCGUGACGGUGUGUUUCCAGGGACUAGUGAUAGGCGGGUAUGGGUGUCUGCAGUAUGUGGUGCUGGUUCGACUGGUCGGAAUGAAGAGGUUUCCUAGAUUCAUGGGACUCUUGCUGCUACAACAGGGAGGAGGAGCCAUCAUCGGCCCGCCCACUGCAGUGUGGCUGAGAACCGUAACCAAGUUGAGGGAAAUUCCGUUUUUCAUAGCUGGAGCUUGCUUUGUGUUGAGCGGGAUUUCGCUUAUCCCCUUGUCGCUCGUCGGCCCACGCGGAAACGGAACUAAACUAGAACAUGUCCAGGAAGUUCGCAAAGGACAACCCUCAGAUGCUAUUGCGACGAUUACCAAGUUACAUCACGAUGAUUAUCCGUUUCGUUAAGGAAAACGUUUGUGCCGUUAUGGCCAAAUUCGGUGAUUUGAUGACGAGGUCGAACAGACUCCAUUCAUCCAUCUGUUCAUCCAUUCGUCCAUCCAUCCAUCCUUCCAUCCAUCCAUCCAUCUGUUCAUCUAUCCAUC